GUUGUGUAGCCGUGUCUGUGAAUGCCGUACAAAUCGACCUGGGGUCGCAUAUUCGUGGGUUCGCAUAUUUUUCGCCCUACAACUUGGUGCAAAACUUCCGUGUGGUUUUACAAAAUAAAAAGUUUGUUACAAAAGUGCAGUGCCCCUUGCAGAGUAUUUACCAGUCUCUGUUCGAAAGGUUAAAGUGUUUCUUCUCCGUGAUGUCAAGAUCUUGCAGCUAACGGUAUUGAGCAAGUGAUCUUUUGUGUGAAUUUUAGACACACCUUCGUGAAUUUUGAUUUCGAAGACGGAAGUGCCAUCAUGUAUGAAUAACAUUAAAUUUAAUUUCUGUUACAGGGACAGGAAGAGAAAGGUAUUGAAAAUUGAAAAGUCUCCUAUUGUUAGCCAAGAAGUUAUGUAAAAUCAAAAGAACAUGCAAGAAUUUACUCUCAGAGUAGCAGGAAGAUGAAAAGAUUGAUAUGAAAAUGAAGUAGUUAGCACCAUGUAGAGGUAAAAUAUGGCGACCCGGAGGAGUAUCGUCGUGAUAUGGACGACGCUAUGUUGUCUAUGCGCGGCGAACCAGCUGCCGGUGUUCACGCAGGAUAUGGACAACCUGCCGCUGUCGGAGAGCACUCCUCUGGGCACCGUGGUCUACACGCUGCAGGGCACAACCGACCCUGAGGGUUUGCCGAUAAAAUAUGGACUAGUUGGUACAGACAAGUUUUUUGUAAAUCCAGAGACUGGCGAGGUUACACUACAACAGAGCUUGGAUAGAGAAAGGGAAGACACGAUAAAGUUUCUCGUGUCGAUAGAGAAUGAAGACCCGGAGACAAAACAGGCGCUGGUCACGACGCAGCCGGUCAGCGUCAUUGUGCUGGACGAAAACGAUAACCCGCCGAUGUUCAAGAAUACGCCAUACGAAGUAGAUGUUUCCGAAGACGAGAAAAUUGGUACGACGAUACUAAAUAACAUAGAAGUGGAGGAUCAGGAUUCAGUGGGAGAUAGUCUCGAUGUCGGCUGCAUUCCUAAUAGUCAGUGGCCAGAAACUUGCAAUCUCUUCGAGGUGGUAACUCUACAGUCGACAGCCAACCACUUCACAGGAGCGCUGGUGUUGAGAGGACACCUGGACUACAACGACAAACAGUUCUACCAGAUACAUAUCUACGCGACGGACGGCAGCCAAAACUCGACGUCGGUGAUCGAAGUGAAGGUGCUGGACGUCCAGAACAGUCCGCCCGUGUUCAGCGGUUCCCUCAGCACGUCGCUGGCCGAGGACGUGCCCGCUGGGACGCUCGCGCUGAAGAUAACCGCAAGAGAUCCUGAUAGAGCCCAGCCCAGGGACGUGCACUUGGAGCUUAUUACUAAUCCACACAACUUUUUCUGGCUGGACAGUGCGACUGGUGACUUGAAGACAGCUAAGCCUCUUGAUCGAGAAGCAUUAGAAGACCCAUCAUCGCCACUGAAUCUUACAAUUCGCGCGAGUGAAAUCGUAAACGGUGCUCCGUUGAUAUCAAACCUAACAUCAACGGUGGCGACCGUCACCGUCACCAUCAAGGACGUGAACGACGAGCCGCCGCGGUUCAACAAGCGGGAGUACAGCGUGGAGCUGCCGGAGAACCUGCCGAUCGGCACGCCCCUCCCCAACCUCGACAUGGUGGUCACCGACACCGACGUGGGCAUGAACUCCGUAUUCACGUUACGCGUGUCAGAGUCAGGGUGGACGGUGGAGCCGGCUGAAGCCAACGGUAAAGCAACGGUCACACUGCGACUCAACUCCUCGCUCGAUUAUGAAGAUCCUAACCAGAGGAGGUUUAUCAUCGAGGUAAUAGCUGAAGAGCUCCACACCUCCCCUCGCCUCUCCUCCCGAGCCUCCGUAUUAGUGACGCUGGUUGAUGCCAACGACAACGCCCCAGAGUUCAGCGACGAAGCCUACCCUGUUAGUCUACCGGAGGCGGCCGCGCCAGGGACUAGGGUUACGGCGCUGAGGGCUUCGGAUAAGGAUACUGGGAGAUUCGGCACAGAAGGCAUAGUGUACACACUAUCGGGUAGCGGCGCUGAACUGUUCAAUGUAGACAACCGCAGCGGUGUAAUAACUGUGGCCGAGUGCCCCACGCCUGGCAAGUCGCCCUGCCUCGACUAUGAGACGAGGAAGGACUACUUCUUGCAGUAUAAGGCCACGGACGACGACGGUCAAGGCCAGAUGUCAGUGGUGUCCCUACAAGUGUCUCUCACCGACUCCAACGACAACCCGCCCGUGUUCGUCACGCCCGUGUACAAGGCGUCCAUUGAUGAAGACGCUAUUAAGUUCGAGCCGGAACUGCAGGUCCAAGCUCGCGAUGCUGACGCCACGUCCGACAUUCGGUAUACGCUGUUGGGGCCGCCAUCGCCGUUCUGGGUGGAGGAGGCCAGCGGGCGCGUGGUGGUGCGACACCCGCAGCUGCUCACCGAGCUGGGCGGCCACGCCGUGCUCACUGUCAUGGCUACAGAUGGCGUGCACAACACGACCUGUCUGGUGGAGAUAACAGUUCGAGACGUCAACAACCACGCACCAGUGUUCGACACCGACAAGUACAAUGCUAAUAUCACCGAAGACGCUCCUAUAGGCACGGAAGUAGCCGCAGUCCACGCGACGGAUCUCGACAGCGGCAUCAACUCGGAGUUCUCGUACGCGAUACAGAAGGGCGCGCUGGAAUCGUUCGUCGUCGACAACAGCACGGGCGUCGUCACCGUCGCCGCACACCUCGACUACGACAGACGCAACACGUACCGGAUACAGAUCGUCGCCACUGAUAUGGGUAUACCGACCCUAACCGGCACUACGGAGCUAACAGUCCACGUGAUCAACGUGAACGACAAGCGGCCGUACUUCACGCCCGUUAUACAGAGAGCCGAGGUGUCGGCGGACGCGGAGCCCGGCACGGUCCUACAUACGCUAGUCGCCAUAGACCCGGAUAUAACUGAUCACGAGCUGCUGAUGUAUGAGCUCGCCACGGAUAGAGCUAUACGGGCUGUCGAUAAACAUGGUAAAGAGGUGGCAGGAGAUGGUAUCUCUUGGUUCCACGUCCUAUCCAACGGGACGGUUGAGGUAGCACAGAAGCUGGACCGGGAACGCGCGGCUGUCGUGACGCUGCCCGUCGCCGUCACCGAUACGUCUGCUCCCACGCUGCAACGGGCUGAUGGUGAACUAAUCAUCAACAUAGUGGACGUGAACCGCAACGCGCCUGUAUUCGGUCAGCCCGCGUACCUCACCGUUGUAGCCGAGGAGACGCCAGUUGGCAGCGUGCUGGGGACCUACACUGCGACUGACAGAGAAUCGCCUAUCGCUGCCAUCACUAUAGACCCCCCGAGCCCGUACUUCGAGAUUGAUAAUGUCACAGGUGUCGUGAAAAUCGCCCAGCGCAUAGACUAUGAGAGCAUACACGCAAUCAACUUCACGUUGGUCGCGUACGACUCUGGCGUGCCGCAGCGACGUGCGACCGCCGCUGUGCUGGUCGAUGUCACGAAUGUCAACGAUGAGACACCGCAUUUCCAGCUGCCGCAGUAUGAGGCUGAGUUGCCGGAACAUUCGCCGCCGGGGACAGUGGUCGUCGCUGUGCAUGCUGAUGAUGAUGAUGAAGGCGAAUACGGACAAGUGAAAUACAGUCUGAGCGGUGACCAAGCGUCGUUAUUCGUCGUGGACGCAGACAGCGGCGUCGUGACGGUCGCUGAGGGGACCGACAUAGACCGGGAGACGACGACAGAUGUGUGGUUCCGAGUCGUGGCGACCGAUCACGCACCGCCGCAGUUGGCUAAGUCUGCUAGUGUGCCGGUGCACGUGAAAAUAAAGGACAUAAACGACAACCCGCCGUCGUUCAGACAGGACGUGUUCAAGAGUACCAUCACGGAGAACGUGAAGCUGGACCCGCCGGCCACCAUCCUGCAGGUGCUAGCCGAGGACAGGGACGAGGGCGUCAACGCGCAGAUACAGUACAAGAUCGUGGAGCAGACUGAACCAGGCGUAUUCACAGUAGACCCCACCAGCGGUAUAAUCUACCCGGCGCGUGCGGUACGCGGCGGUGCGACGUACUCCUUGACGGUGGAAGCGCGCGACGGCGGCGGUCUGAGCGACCGCGCGAGGGUGGAUGUCGCCGUACUCAGUGUUAACAAACGCAGCCCGCAGUUCGUGCAGCCGCCGCUUGAUAAACGAAUUGACGUGCCUGAGCACUCAGCCCAACCAGACUACCUCGUGACGACGAUCUUGGCUACUGACGAGGACGAGGGCGAGAACGGCCGAGUGUCCUACUACCUGAAGGUGGACAAUCAGAACGUUGGCGAAACGAAGGACUUCAGACUGGACCCACAGACCGGAGAGCUAAGGAUAAAGGCAUUCUUGGAUAGAGAGCAGCAGGCUGAAUAUCAGCUGGUAGUAGCAGCUGAAGACAACGGCACGCCAGCCAAGUUCGAGAGUGUGCGCCUACUGACCGUAGCACUGGUGGAUGACCAGGACACGGCGCCGCGAUUCCCCGUCAGAGAACACCAGUUCUCCGUCAGCGAGAAUCUGCCACCAGGGAUCAUUAUUGGAACUGUAAAGGCGAUAGACAGAGAUUCGGGUGAAAAUGGCAAGGUGUACUAUCACGUGCUGGAGGGCAACCAAGAAGGUGCGUUCACCGUCGACCGCACCCAGGGCAUCAUCCGAGCUAACAUCACUUUUGACAGGGAGAAACAAGACGAGUACAUCCUUACAAUAUACGCGAGCAACAGUCCCCUGUUGGAAAACGCGUCGACGCUCCUCAACGCGAUAGACAACGGCUCCGACAGCGCCGUCGCCACGGUCACAGUGAGAGUAUUGGACGAAAACGACAACGAACCUGUCUUCCCGAAAAAGGUUUAUUAUGCUGGUGUGAAACAUACUGCUCGUGUUAACGAACCAAUCAUAACAAUAAUGGCUGAAGACCCUGAUUUAGAUGAGAACGGCACCCUCAUCUACAUGAUAGCUGCUUCGAACCUUUACAAGUUCGGAGAUUCGAAGUCUUCUGGAAGCAUCGUUCCCUCACCUUUCAAUAUCAGCCAAGAUGGAGUGGUAUCAUCGGCGACGCCGCUCGCAGAAUACGCUCGCGACCGCUUCGCGUUGGAGAUACGUGUGCACGAGCAGGCCCCGCCCCACCGCAGCGCGACCGCCAUGUUAUACUUAUGGAUAGUGGAACACGCAUCGCUCAUCCGCAUGGUGGUGUCCCGGAGCUGCGCUGCGGGUGCGAGCGAGACAAAUUCACGUCAGAAGUUCGGCGACGCGGGUGCGAGUGAGACAGACAUAAUACGACGACGGCUCGGCGACGCAGCCGGCGCGCUGUUGGUACCCGCACGCACGCUGCCAUUGGUGCACCAUGACACCAGAUAUGAUGACUGGUGUGAGAUCCACAUGCACGCGGUAGACCCUGUGACUUAUCAGGUUCUAUCCGUAGACAAAGUUCUUCAGACCAUAGACUCCAAGUACGACGAUCUCAAGGACGUGUACCAGCAGUACGGAGUGGAGACUCUUAUCGCAGCCAGCACGUCUUCAAAAGCCGCUGACAGCUUCGAUCCAGCGCUGGCGGCGCUUAUAGCACUGUUGAUAGUGCUCUUUACUGGAAUCGUCACAUUUGUUGUGGUCUGCGCUUGUCUCAAGCAUUGGGUUAUACCACCACCAUCACUUCAGUCAAGUAAAGGCGACAGCUUAGCCAGAAGAAGAAUAUUGGAGGAACUGAGUACGACAGAGAAUCCUCUCUGGCUGGAGACCAAACUCCGGCCGUAUGAAGAGCAGGAACUUACCAUGAACGUCUUCGGAGAUCAGAACGAGCAGAAUUCUGAUCAGCCGCAGCUGGUACCAGACAACACGUACGCGACGAUCGCGGGCCGCGGCACCGAGUACGGCUCGCUGCGGGAACGGGAGCCCUCCGCGCUAGAGGCCGCGCUCGGCUUCCAGGGUAGCACAUUCAAGCCCCCAACACCCGACACACCGGAGCCACCCCCGCGGCCGUCCGCAGGGCUAGGUCCGCUAUGAUAGUGGAAAUUGAACCUUAUGUGUGUGUAAAUAGAGCUAAGAAUAUGAAAGACUGUUUACGUGAGUGAUACAAGUGAUUUUUAGUCAAAAACAACGAAGAUGAGAAGAGCACUAGGUAGAGCAAGGUAAAAGAUUAAAUAUAUCUAUUAUGGUACCUUUUGUAAUGAAAUCACAAUAUAAUAUCACAAUUUUUACCUUUGUGAAUUAAUAAUAUUUCACCAUUACCUUUACGGCUCAGGUAAAUAGUAAAUAAUAAAUAUAGUAACUACAGGAGUAGUUGUAGUCAGUACUCGCAUUGAAACGAAUCUCCUUAAAAGUUUAUGUAGGUAUAGCCUAUAGGUAAGUUAGCAGUGUACUGAGAAAAUUCGACCACGAUAAUGAAAGGAAAAAGGUAUUCAAGUCAUAGAUUGUGCCUUUUCGCUUUAAAUUGCCUAAAGUGUCUUGAUAUUAUGAUAACUAUUAAGCAAUUAAAUUAUAACUUAAAUGUCUUAUUAGGAGCCAGUGCGAUCUCCUAUUAAAGAUAGAGGUCUUGGAGGCCUCGUAUUCGACUUGCGAGGCCUAAAGGACCUCAGGAUCCCAAGAUUUUGACACUAAUUGCUAAGAGUAAGUGUUACUUUAAUUUAGGGUAAAAAAGUUUUCUAAGCAAGUUACCUUGUCAUUUCUCUGUGUAUUUUGAUAUUAUUUUAAUACGGUAUUUAACUAAUAUGAUAUAUUAUGGGGGUCGAUUUGCCCGUUCCGAGUUAACAUUAACUCUGGAUUGAUUGUCAUUUUACCUCUGUCGUUUUAGUCGCAUUAUGCAAAAGUUAACAUGAUAUUAUAUAUUUUAUAUCAUGUUAACUUUUGCUGGAUUACUGGAUUUUUAGUCCAGAGUUAAUGGUUACCCACUUCUGCGCAAGUGGGCCUAAAUAAGUCAUUAUUAACUCUCAUUUUAAAUUAAUCAUGAGUAAACAACUUUUGCGAACCCUUAGAAAGUUUAAACUUUACUUCUAUUGUACAAAUUAGACAAUAAAAAAUUAUACAAGUUAUUGGUAAUCGAUGCAUUUGUUCUGAAUAUUGUAUUUUUUUUUACCAAGAGUAACAUAUCCGUAGAUAUUAUUUUUAGACAUUAUACAUUCCAUUUAGAUUGCUGCAUAAGUAUUAAUUAUUCAAUUUGGGAGAUAUUAUUAUUUAUAAGCUUUUGAAUAAGUAUAUUGCUAUGAGGGCUGAUUUUUCAACCGUAAGAUAAAUUUCACCAGAGGAAUAAAAAAAAAAUCUGCCGCAUUCCGAGACAAUAAUAAUUAACUAACUUACCUUUAAUUUUUACAGAAAGGAAGUAUAAAUAAGAAUUAAUUAAAUUUAAUAAUAACAACCAAUCUCUGUGAGUGUAGCUGUUUGUUAUUUUGUCAUAAACACAAAUCGCGAAAUAAAAACUAUCCGAUGAUUAAGAAAUCAGCCCUAAAUAAUUUUAUAUCUGACGAAUUAUAAACAUAGGAAGGUUUGUGUAAGUACAUGAUAAAUUGUCUAUGUUCAUAUUUUGAAAUGAAAGACUUUCAUACUAGAGUUUUUGAAGUAAGCAUUUACAAAAUACCUAUUACUUAUAUAAAGCCAUGUGUGUCUUUGUACAAAAUAAAUCUAUUUAAUAUUUCCUCAUUAUAUUAAUAUUUUAA